GCAUUAUGGGAUUCUAGUACUUCCGGUAGCACAUGCGGGAAAAGAUGGCAGAAUACGAUCUCACCAGCACGAUUGGCCAAUAUUUAGACCGACAUUUGGUCUUCCCGUUGUUGGAAUUCCUGUCGGUAAAAGAAAUCUACGAUGAAAAGGAAAUGCUUGAAGGCAAAUUGGGUCUACUAAGCAACACAAAAAUGGUGGACUACAUCAUGGAUGUCUACCGAAGUCUAAAUCCGGACAAGGACGUCCCUCCAGAAAUGUACGACAAGCGUGCUGUGGUCGUGGACGAGAUGAAAAAGCUGAUGGCCCAGACGAAGCCGAUUCUUGAAAUCUUCUCCUUGGAAGAAGUCAUUUCUAAAAUCCAGGACACCCGAGAUGGCCGCAUUCUCUUUGAGUAUAUGGCAACAAACCAUGGGUUCCGCCAGGACAUGUUGGACACGCUCUACAAAUUCGCCAAGUUCAAGUACGAAUGCGGAGACUACAGCACCGCAGCUCAGUACCUGUAUUUCUUUAGAGUGUUGAUCUCGCAGAAUGACAAGAACGCGAUGCCCGCUCUGUGGGGCAAACUGGCCUCUGAGAUCCUGAAGCAGGACUGGGAUCAGGCACUGGAGGACCUCAACCAACUGCAGGAGGUGAUAGAUUCUAACACGUUUGUCACCCCCUUGCAGUCAUUACAGCAGAGAACGUGGCUGAUCCAUUGGAGCCUGUUUGUCUACUUCAAUCACCCGCAGGGGAGAGAUGUCAUCAUCGACAAGUUCCUCUACCAGCCAGCGUACCUGAAUGCCAUUCAGACCACGUGUCCACACAUCCUCCGCUAUCUCACAACAGCCGUCAUCACCAACAAGAACCGGAGGCGGACAGUCUUGAAAGACCUCGUCAAAGUCAUCCAGCAGGAGUCGUACACCUACAGAGACCCCAUCACGGAAUUCGUGGAGUGCCUCUACGUCAACUUUAACUUUGACGGCGCGCAGCAGAAACUGCGGGACUGUGAAACGGUUCUGAUCAACGAUUUCUUCCUGGUAGCCUGUAUAGAGGACUUCAUCGAGAAUGCCAGGAUGUUCAUCUUUGAGACGUUCUGUCGCAUCCAUAACUGCAUCAGCAUCAACAUGCUUUCUGACAAGCUGAACAUGCAGGCGGAGGAUGCGGAACGCUGGAUCGUCAACCUCAUCCGAAACGCCCACCUGGAUGCCAAGAUUGACUCGAAGUUGGGUCAUGUUGUCAUGGGUUCGCAGAACGUAUCACCGUACCAGCAGGUCAUCGAGAAGACCAAAAAUCUGAUUUAUCGCAGCCAGGCGCUGGCCAGCAACAUUGACAAGAGAGACGCGGCGAAGAAUGCCUUGAAAUCGCCACAGACGGCAGGGAGUUCCAUGUGGGGAGCUGACAUUUAAUGCGGUUUACUGCACUUUCAAAAAAAGACCUCUGAGGCACCUGCCGAGACCACUGACUGCUGUUUUCUGCAGAGGCUGCAGGCAAGACUUUUGUCCCCUCAGUGAACACGAAACGGUCACAGACAGAUUUCCAGACCGAAUUAGCAUUGGUUCAUCAGUUUCUUUCAAAAGUACCAUUCUGUCUUUUGCCCCCUUUUCCCUCUCAGACAUGCAGCCAAUCAGCAACUGGCUCAUAUAACUCUGAUGCCCUGAUCUAAACUUUUUUGUUAAGAGUAAAGUAAACAGGCCUCAAAUAUAAAGUGGGUCAUUGUACUACGAAAAAAAAAGUACAGUCUCAUCAGUAACCUGCCGAAAUUUCCUUCAAAAUCCACUGAGAGGUUUUUGGAGAUUUUGCAAGAUCAAGGAGGAUAGAGACCAUCCUCCUGGCAAUUUCACACAAAGGUGGCUGCAGUACAAAUGUUCAAGUUCAGAAAAUGUGCCUCCGGCAAUCCUACUUUAGUGGUGGAUUGUGGAGGUUCUAGAAGAGCUGCAAAUUCGAGGGCAGUGUUUCGGUUGUGCUCAAGAGCAAAUUCUGCAAUAACAUUUGAGGAGUUAGAGUACAGUUAGACCCUCAACCAUACUUUGCUCGAACAAAAUGAAUAGUUUGUCAACUCUUGCAAAUCAGCUCUUCAAUGUCAUGCAUCAUGUGACACACAGUGGCAUUCAUUGGAGGUAAUAUUUUCAACUAGUGUCACAACCAUCUAAAUGGCAAAAUACGCAAAACAUAUUUUAUCUAUUUACACCUGCGAUCAUGUUAUGUUGAUUAGUCACUUCACCUAGGAAGCUUCAGAGUGGACUAAUCAAAUGGCCAGCACAAACUUGGGUGCUAGAGGCAUUGAAAUGGUCAAAGCCAAAUGUCUGAUUAGUUGCCAACUUUCUAAAAAUUGUUUGGAAUUCUUGUCUCUACUGUGCAAAAUACAUCCUUGGUCAAAGUGUUAGGUUUUGGAAACCCUCUUUAUAGGUACUUGCCUGCAUUAAACCCCAGUGGUUUCUUGUUCAAGUUGAAUUCUUUUAUCAUCCUGCAAGUUGUGCCUUGGAAAAGUUGCCCUGAAACUAAUGCCUCGGUUUGUUAGAAAAAAAAGAGAGGAGAAACGAACAGGUUGCCCUGUGGUCUCUGAAUAAAACCAGCUUCUGUCAUCACCAAACUGUGUGUUUUCCUCCCUCUUUGGCUCCGGUCUGAUCCAUGUGUCACGUGGGAGUCAAAACAAAGUCACACUGCAUGUGUGCCAGCCGUCACUACCACCAGUUGGGACACGGCGUGUCUGGGUUGCUCCAGGGAUGAGAGCAAGGGGUCAGCCAAGGGAGCAUGUUGCAAGACUUGGUGCACUUGCGUAACACUUGAAAUUGCCAGUUUGGCAUAAGGUGUCAAAGGCAGAACCCGGCACAUUGAAGGUCCAUGCAUUUGCUUUGGUCUACUGUGUUCAACACUGAAGUGAAACAGUCGCUCAUUUUAGUCCGGACUGUACUAAAAAUGUUGAUCGAUGAGCUGAAUGGAAUGACUCAGAAGUUUGAACUUUCCUGUUUUUUCUUUUAAUUAAUAAUGCGCUGUUCCUAAGUUACUUUAUAUGAACAUCGACCACUACCCAUUUGGAAACAUGCCCUGUUCUACAAAGAAACGGGGUGUGGGGGGUGUUUCCGAUUUAAGUUUGCAACUUUUUCAUUUGAACAUUCUGUAGCAUUCUGACUUCCGAGGUGCUCC